UUUUCAUUUUAAACUGGCCGAAGCACUGGUCUCCAUUCUUCAGUCAGUUGGCAUUGUUCUUUUUCACUUUAGCUAGUUAGUCUAUUCUUCGACAUUGAAUGGUUGCCUGACGCCCUGAGGGACUUGCAGUUUGUAUUAAAAUAUCUCGGUGGAGAAAUGGAGGAAAUUGAGGCUCAGGCUUCAGUCAACCAGAUUCCCAACGACAAACCAAGAAAUGGGCCGCAGAACUUCCAAAAUAGGGGUAAAAAUGUCAGGAGAAAGCGGCUGCAGCAUUCUGCUGAUAUAGUGUACACCAAAGGGACAUCUAUCCACUCCAUGCCCUCUCUCAGCAAACAGUUGAAGGGGGUCACUGACUGUGUCAUCGGUCUUCAGUAUGUGUGGGAGUACCGCAGCCCCAGUAAAUCUGUCCCACCACACUACCAGUGCAAACUGUGUGCUGUGUCCCGCUUGCAACAUGAUAUGCUUGCUCAUGUGAAAGGCUGGAAGCACAGCUUCAGAUACUUGAAAAAGGCUCACCCUGACAAGGUCACCUAUGAUGAGGGAGAGGCCAACAAAGACCCUGCUGUAAGGAAGACAAUUAAAGAAAUUGCAGCUGAGGUGGAGAAGACAGAAGGGAGGGGACAACUCAAGGUAAUCCUGAAAGAGCCCUGUGAUGUAGCUGCUUUCGAAGGACUCCGUUCUGCUGCUCCUAAGGUUUUGCUUCCACCACCACCAGGGAUGGGACCAAAGGGGCCGCCAUUUGGUCCCAGGUUCUCUGAACCGAGGUUUCCAGGGGAGUUUCCUCCUCCUCCUCCUUUUUCUGACUAUUCACUGGGUGACUAUGGGGAGCCUGGCUUUGGAGGCUAUUCAAACAGGCAAGAUUUCCCUGACCCUGAUAUGAGUUGCAGACCUUUUCCAGAUGGUAUGGGCCAUCAUCCAGCCGCUGGUGGAGAUGGUUUUGGAUCAGGUGGUGGAAUUGAUGGCUAUGGAAGGAGUGGACUAAUGGAGGACAGCCCACGCAGAAGAUAUCCUGACGAGUAUCGGGGCAGCCAAAUGGGGAGUGGCUUAAUGGACAGACCAGUGAACAAGCCGCUUGACACACCAGGCUCGAUGGGAGCAGCUCCAGACAAUGACAACAAUCGUGGUACACUGCUCACUUACCUGGAUACCUUCCGGAUAGAGAACGAGAGUGAUGCACAGCUGGUGCUGAAGGUGACACAGAAACUAACAGAUGUGCUGAUGGAGUACAGACUGAGGAGUGUAUCAUCGGGCUCUAGUCUGAACAGCUUGUCAAUGAGCUCCUCAAGCUUUUCCUCUCCACCCUCAAGAUUGCCAAGUAGCGGCGACCGAUACUUCAGUAGUCCCUUAAAUAGUCUCUCAGGUCCAUCCAGGUACUCAGAUGGACCACCCAGGUACUACAAAUGAAAAUCAGAUCAUGUGACACCUCGAUCUUCUCACUUCUCUGGUCUAUCUGUGCAUCACCUGUGACUGUCCAUGAGUCAAAAACUUGGAUAUUGUGUAAAUUUAUAUGCUUUUAGGCAUAGUUUUUUGUUGCUACCCAGUAGUUGUUUUUUUUUUAAUGUUUUUGAUUUCUUUAGAAUAUGGGAAAAUUUAUAACUUGGAACGUUUUACAUAAAAUGACUUUUCAGCAGUUUUAACUGAGUGUCAGUGUAUGACUAUUGUUAAUUUCCCAGGGUUCUAUGCUAUUAAAAUAAAAGAAACUGCGUGUGUUUUUAAA